AUGUCGCUCGUACCGCAAGCCUACUUGAGUAACUUCCAUAAUAGAGUGAAGAACGAGGAUGUUCCGUUGUUUACUGCUGCGCAGUUAUCGAGAAACAAGAGGGGUAAACAGGUGAACUACGCUGAGUUCGAUACGGAUCUCUUGGAUGAAUUCAUCGACAAGAACGAUGAGGAUGAUUUGGAGGAUGAUGUGGACGAUUCGGAUGGUCGUCGUAGGGGUGGGGACUACUAUGAUCAAGUAGACGGUAGUGAUGGAGGUGCUGCGGCUGCUGCCGCCACCGCCGCCGCAGCGGCGGGACUCGGUGAAGAUGGUGGCAUUGGUGAGGGCACGCCCGGGUCUGGUGACCCCGGUGCUGUCACUGGCGGAACGCCGGCUGCAGAUACUGGGCCAGACGGUACAAACGAUGGUACUGCAGGAACGUCAAAUCCUAGCUCAGAAUUGGAUCGCAUCAAACUAAACGACUUGCCCGACCUUGAAAGUCAGGAUGAUUCUGCCACUCCGCUAGCUUUGUUGAAAUAUCCUAGGAUUAGGGAAACUUUCGUGCAAAGUAGGAUCGCUAUCAGUUAUAAAGACCUUCUUGGAGAUUCUAUCCAGGAUCCGCAGCAAGUGGAUAUAGAAAGCCCGAUAAUGGUUCCAAUACGGUUAAACGUUGAAUUCAGUGGACACAAGUUAGCAGAUUUUUUCAUGUGGAAUUUGAACGACCAUUCGAUGACUCCAGAACAGUUUGCUACGAUCUUGUGCCAGGAUCUUGAUUUCCCAGUGCUUUCCAACCCAAAUAAUUCCCCAUAUACACAGAUUAUCUCUAUGAUUAACGAACAAUUACAAGAAUAUGAAACAUUGGCAUCUUUACAGGUUCCUGAUUUACACGUGAUAAUAAAUUUGACUGCAAAUCUCGAUUCCAAGCUUUAUGAUGACACUUUUGAAUGGAACCUUAAUGACGAUUCAUUAUGCCCAGAACAAUUCGCAGAAUUGGUGGUACAGGACCUGGGCUUGCAAAGAGAGUUCGUUCCUGCCAUUGCACAUUCGUUGCAUGAAUCCUUGCUAAAGGUAAAGAAGGAUUGGCUCGAAGGUAAUUUGAAUUUGGCCCAUGUAGAAAAUAAGGCAGCUUUCGGUUACACAUCAGGUAUCCGUCUAGAUAUAGAUACACUUGGCGCCUCAUGGUUCCCUAAGGUAGAAGUCCUCUCACAAUGGGAAAUCGAAAAGCGUGAAAUUGAAAAGGAGAGAAACAUGAGAAGAUUAAAGAGAGAAAGUGCCAAGGUCGAUGACGGAAGAUCCAGAAGAAGAGGCAAGAGGAGAAUGGAUGACUUGGAAACUACUUUGAGAAUAUAA